UCAGUCCCUCAAUUUUCUUUGCAAUAUACGCAGCCGUACUCCGGUAAGUCCAUCACGCGCGCCCUGGCGCCACUUUCAGUCUCCAUUGGCUUUUAUGUGAUCUCCAUAUCCGAUUCGUCCGCGGCCUUGGGCAGCUCCCCUUUGAUCUUUUAUCCUUCGUGGGGAAUCGGGGCCACGACGAUCACAAGGCAAGAAAACACUAUACAUGAAGUGAUCUUCCCGAGUAUCUAAACUCACGGCCAUGCUCGAUGAUGACGCCAGGCAUCGUCAUGAUAUGGAACUUUCCUAUUCUCGGUCCCGAAGGGAUACAAUCACUACCUUCUUCAGUCUCCUUCCCAUCACACCUCAUGCAAUCUGCAUGUUCAUCUGCGCGCAGCAUCAGCCAACGCUUGCGACACGGAUCAUCGCUGCUCGCCAACGCACCUUCGGCCCUCACUGGGACCAAUACUUGAAGAGAAACAAAGGCGACCCCGCAGGACUCGACCCAACCAUAAUGCCGUCAGCCUACGCACAGCAUCCCUCCCUUUUGCCUUCCUCCAAAAGCUUCCCUUCCCCAAACAAUCCGAGAUCACGGACCACAGACCACGAACCUCGACAUUGGGUUCUCUGGUUUCAUACCUGUUCUCGUUUCCCGCCCCCCAACAGGCCCCUCCUCUCUACAGGAACUCACAUGUGUGCUAUAGUGCAGUACAUUACAGUGCCGAAGAGCUUACCCCUCCCCCCCCUUUCCCGGCUCAUUUAAGACAGAACCCCUCUAUAAUACAGUAAAAUUAAGACGCUGCCUACCGCUUGCCGCACACGCGAUAUGAUGUGGGGCACACACGCAGACACACACACAUAUCUCCUUUCCCCCGCUACGGAGUACAUUCUGCUAGAUGACGAAAUUACUGCCCG